AUGACUUAUCGAGAUAUUAGCCAUCUAUGCGAAAUGGCUCGUGUUCUCUCUUAUCCACGAUUAAUAUCCAUGGAAAAUUUUCGUCAACCAAACUUUCGUCUUGUCGCUGAACUUAUGACUUGGCUUGUCAAACAAUAUGAUCCACAAGCUGAUAUUCCAAAUGAUAUUGAAGGUGAACAAGAUCGUGUUAUAUUCAUUCGUACUGUUGCUCAAAUAAUUGCUACGAAAGCACAUAUGAAAUUAAAUACGAAGAAACUUUAUCAAGCUGAUGGCUAUGCAGUGAAAGAAAUUCUUAAAGUUAUUACACCACUUUAUAAAGCUUUACGUGAUAGUGAAAAUAGAGAAUUAGGCGAAGAUGAAGAUACUGAUCCGCAAUAUCGUUAUGCUAUGAAUGAUGAUAUAACUACACUGAAAAGUGCUCGGUUACUUUGUUCAACUAUUACACAAAAAGGCGCGAAUUUACAUGAACUACUAUCAAAAGAAGUUGAUGCACGAGAAGCACGUCAAGAUGUGAUGAAUCGUGCUAUGGAAUUAUCUGAAGUUCAAGAAGGUAUAGGAGAAGCUGAAAAUGCAGCUAAACGUGAAUUUAUAAAAUAUGACAAAUUGAUAACGAAUGUUCAAAUCGAUGAAGUUGCACUCGAUGAAAAAAUAGCUAAGCGUUUAGAAGAAAUGAAUCGUCAUCAACGACGACUUGAAAUGUUAAAGAGUGUUAGACCAUCAUUCAUGAAUGAUUUUGAAAAAUGUGAAGCUGAACUUAAUGAUUUGUAUGGAGAUUAUGUAUUAAAAUUUCGUAUAUUAUCCUAUUUGGAAAAAGAACUUGAAGGACAUUUUCGAAGUCAACGUGAAAAAGUUCAACAAGUAUCACGACAAUACAUGCAAUCAAUUAAUUCGCAAUUAACAGAACAAGAUCAACAGCGAUUCAAUAGAGAAUUACAAGAUCCUAAUGAUGAAAUUGGUGUACAUAGCGAUGAAGAAGAAGAUGAUGAAGAAUCUGAAGAAGACGAUGACGAUGAAUCCGACGAUGAUGAUGAUGGCGAUAUCGAUCAAUCGCCAGCGCCUCGAGGAAAGAAAUUAGAAAAUGGUAAAGGUGGUCCACCUUUUGGUGGUGGCAUGACUGAUGAUCUAAGUGAUGAUGACGAUCAAAUACAAAUGGGUCAAAGACUUGGUGAAAAUGGUAUGAACGAUGAAGAUGAUGAUUUAGAUAUGGAAAUGGAUCCGAGACUAGGAACCGCUGGUGUUCAUCAACGAGUAACUACCGGUGGACAACGUCGAAAAAAACAGUCAGCACAACGACCGGCAUACGCAGAAGAUGAUGAUUUUUAA